GUCCAUUUUCCCCCCUCCUCAAUCGAACUGGAGCUGCACUCGGAGCCACAGCCCGGGCAACACGCGCCCGUGGGAGCGCUUACCUUCAGCCAACGUUGAUGGUUCUAUCCCGGAGAGGAAGCAAGAAAAAAAGGAAGAAAAAGCGAGGACGACCGAGUGGAGGCUCGGACCGAAUAGUAUUCAUCUGCUGUGUUUUUUUGCCCCAUGCUGUCUGUGAAAUUCCUCCACGCCGAGAGCGAGCACAGCUGGGAGGUGGACCGUUUUCUGUUACAAGGGUGAUCUGUAAGCGACUACAUGUUUGAUUCUGGCGUCCUCGCCACGCAAUUUCCUCUCCGUGGUUGUCGCUUUGCCGAAUUGCCUUCCACCGUCGGGUUCGAGGUUCGACUCCCAAGCUGAAUUCCCACCGGUGAUGGUCCACUGGAGACGAAAACGCAAGAACUGAUCUGAACUAAACUGCCAUUUUCCGUUUUGAACGCCAAGCUCUGUGGUCAUGUUGCCUAACCGUUGGGGGAGGAGAGACUGAGCCCCCCCUCAGCAUAAAACGCCGACCUAAACUCACUCCAAUUUUUUAAAUUUUUUAUUUAAUGAACCUCAAUUUAACACCACCUGCCUCCCACACGGAAUCAAUAACGUUGUUCAAUGUUGUCACGUUUCAGGGAUUGAUUGAUAACGCCUUACUGCCACCCGAUAACUCAAUAUAGAGACUACCUCGUCGAUUUUGCAUCACAUUCGAGUUAUGUAAGAGUCAUAUCUGUACGCCGAUGAACAUCGUUCUCCUCGGUGAAGUGACUUUAAUGCCUCAUGAAUCUACCUCAAGCAAAAACGUUUUUCCAGCUCGACACAUCAGCUCGACUUGUGCCCAAAUGUAUACCUCACCUGUAAACUGAGCCUUUUUUUUGUGGUGACGCCACAGAUGGCUUCGUUUCCAGACUCGGACCUGCAGACGUGCCCGCUCUGCAAGGAGCUUUGUGGUUCCUCGGCCCCUAUUUCCUCCAGCUCAUCCACUUCCUCUUCCUCUUCCCAUACCUCGAACUCCUCCAGCCAGACCAGCAGGAGGCUCCACGUCCUACCCUGCCUCCAUACGUUCUGCAGGCAGUGCCUGGAGGGCCAGCGCAGUCCAGGUGACCCUCUCAAAUUACGCUGCCCCACCUGCGACCAGAAGGUGUCCAUCUCCGAGGCCGGUGUGGACUCUCUGCCUUCCUCCAACUUCCUCUUCAACAACCUGUUGGAUGUGGUGGUGAGCACCGAGGAGCAGAUUCAGAACAAGAAUGGCCACCACCACCCUCAGCGAGGAGGCUUGGGUUCAUCUGGCUUCCAUCACACCCAGGGAGGCCUUUUGCACCCCCAUCUCAUGGGAGAGCCUCAGUGCAGCUCCUGCGAUGAAGAGAACCUGGCCACCUCCCACUGUCUCGACUGCCAAGAGUAUCUGUGUGACAACUGCGUGCGUGCCCAUCAACGGGUGAGGCUGACCAAGGACCACUUCAUUGAGAGGCUCGGGGAGAACCUCCACCAGGCCCGAGUCAACAGUAACCCAGGCCAAGCGGGCAUGCCUGUGUCACUCGCCCAAUCCCUACAGAACAACUUUGCCCUGCUGUCCCUCUUCCAGGACCGCAUGAGCUUCUGCCAACAGCACGACAAUGAGGUUUUCUUGUUCUUUUGCGAAAGCUGCUCCGUGCCCAUCUGCAGGGAGUGCAGCAUGAGCCGUCACGUGGGCCACACUUUUGUUUACCUCCAAGAUGCCGUGCAGGACUGCAGAUCUGUCACCAUCCAGCUGCUAGCUGAUGCACAGAAGGGAAGACAGGCCGUGCAGCUGAGCAUGGAGAAGGUCCAAGCAAUGGCAGAGCAGGUGGAGAUUAAGGCUAAGGUAGUGCAGACUGAAGUGAAGGCCCUGGUCCUCAGACACAAGAAGGCGUUGGAGGAGAGAGAGUGUGAACUACUGUGGAAGUUGGAGAAGAUCCGACAGGUGAAGGCAAAAUCGCUGUACCUGCAAGUGGAAAAACUGCACCAGAGUCUGACCAAGUUGGACAGCACCAUUGCCGCCGUCAGCCAGGUGCUGGACGAGGGCCGCCACAUUGACGUGCUCCUGGCACGCGAGCGGAUGCUCACACAAAUCCAUGAACUCAAAGCACUGAGGAGUCUGAUGCAGCCGCAGGAGGAUGACCGGUUCAUGUUCACGCCUCCAGACCAAGCUUUGUACAUAGCUAUCCAGUCCAUGGGCCUGAUCAGCAGUGGAGCCUUCGCCCCGGUCACCAAAGCGCAUGGCGACGGUCUCAACAGCGCGCUUCGUGGCAAGCACGCAGCUUUUACCGUGAUCGGAUACGACCACGAUGGCGAGCCCCGUCUGUCUGGUGGCGACAUGGUGACCGCAAUAGUCAUGUCGGUCGCCGAUGCCAACCUGUCGGCGGCGGAAGUGACCGACCACCAAAAUGGCUCGUACACAGUCGGCUACGUGGCCAAAUGUGAGGGGGAGCAUUUGGUGUCAGUGUUGGUGUGCAAUCAACACAUUCAAGGCAGCCCCUUCAAGGUGUUUGUGAAAUCGGGACGCAGCUACGGCUCUCUGGGUUCCCAAGUGUCAUCGUUCGGGGGCGAAGGCGAGGGGGAUGGUCAGCUGUGUCGUCCGUGGGGGAUCAGUGUGGACAAGGAGGGAUUUGUAGUGGUGGCAGACCGCAGCAACAACCGCAUACAGAUAUUCAAGCCCUGUGGCACAUUCAACCACAAGUUUGGCUCUCUAGGGUCUCGGCCCGGUCAGUUCGAUCGUCCGGCCGGGGUCGCCUGCGACAGUCAGAGACGAAUCAUUGUGGCCGACAAAGACAAUCACCGUGUGCAGGUGUUUACUUUUGAGGGCCAGUUCCUGCUGAAGUUUGGGGAAAAGGGGACCAAGAAUGGGCAGUUCAACUAUCCCUGGGAUGUGGCCGUCAACUCCGAGGGUAAGAUCUUGGUCUCGGACACCAGGAACCACCGCGUGCAACUGUUUUCCCCCGACGGCUCGUUCCUCAACAAAUACGGCUUCGAGGGGGCUCUGUGGAAACACUUCGACUCUCCCAGAGGUGUGGCCUUCAACCACGAGGACCACCUAGUGGUGACCGACUUCAACAACCACCGACUCCUGGUCAUCCGGCCCGACUGCCAGUCCGCCCGUUUCCUGGGCUCCGAGGGCAUCGGUAACGGUCAGUUCCUGAGGCCCCAAGGUGUGGCCGUGGAUCAGGAGAACCGCAUCAUCGUGGCGGACUCCCGCAACCACCGCGUGCAAGUGUUUGAGCCCAACGGAAAUUUCUUAUGCAAAUUUGGAACGCAGGGGAGCGGCUUCGGACAGAUGGAUCGUCCCUCCGGCGUGGCCGUGACACCGGACGGCGUCAUUGUCGUCGUCGACUUCGGGAAUAACCGUAUCCUCAAGUUUUAGAAACAAAACAUUCUCUCCCUCUAUUUGGCCUUUUGCAGUUUUUUUUUCCAACAAAGGAAAUGGAGGCGAGAGAAUGAAUCAGAAAACUGACACAACGGAAGGAGAGCUCAAAGGAGAUUGAGAGCACGUUGAGGAGAAGGGAAAUCAAACCUAAAUAUAUAUUUUUUUCCACUCACGCAUUGUCAAGCCGAUACAUGUAGUGUGCAUUUCAACCAGGACCUCGACAAACGGAUAAUCAGUAGCAAAAAAAAGAGCCAUUUACCCUUCUUCAUAGUCAGCUGCUCCAUUCUUUCUGGACGCUCUCCUCAAGUAUCCUUCUCAGGGAAUUUCUCACUUUUCUUGAAACCUUGUACCCUCUGCUCCCCACCUACCUCAUUUAGCUCUUUAUGAAUGUACUCAUAGUCACUGAGCAGAAGUUUAUUAGUCAGUGAAGUUUUACAAAGAGCCUACCUCUAUACUUUUAUUUAAGAGACGAAAAAUAGACUCUUCAAUUGAUUUGCACAGGAAUAAUAGAAUUUGUGCUGUGCUUUUUUUCUUUUUUUAAAUGAGAUAAGUGAACCUCCUGAAUGUUGUUGCUGAGACAAUACUCAGACCGCUGUAGAGGCUGCGUGUUUCAUUCUCAUUGAAGGCAUUGAUAGGAACGAAAUUUAGGGUACAGUACUGUAGUGUCUUCGUAGUUCCCGCUAGAGAUUUUUUUUGUUUUUGCUUGAGUUAUACAUAGUCGUUAUGGCCCCUCUCGAAUGCGGAAAAAUGCCACGACGACGUGAUAUCAAAAUGAACUCAGGUAAUAGUUCGGCUGAUUUAAAACGAUCAGUACUUUUCAGGCCUCCUUUUUAGCUUCUCUUAUGUUCAAUAUAACAAAUAAGGCCUGUAAUGAAAUUAUGAAGUGUUUUGAUUUUUCUCCCGUGUGCCCGGAGUCCCCAAAAUAGUAUCUCGUUAAACUGGAUUUGUCCCGGCUAAAGAUCCAGUCCAUUGCAUUACCAACGAGGAUGCAAAGAUUAUGAUGCCAGAACCUCUUGCCCUCCUCUGAAAGGGAGGACCCACAAAUAGUUGUGGGGGUAUAAAUUUCUCCAAGAUUAAAAACCUAUUAGUGAUCCUAACAUAGAGAUUUAAUCAUAGUUGAAUGACACCUUUUUCCCUGAGGCAGUGUUUGACAAAAGCCUCAGAAGUAGACAAAGUCCAGAGGACAAAAAUAAGAACAUCAAAUAUGGUUAAGAAUACAGUGAACCCCCACUGUUAGGGGGGGACAUGGACCGAGCCAUGAUGUGAUUAGCGGGGGGACGAAUGCAAUUAAGACAUCCCCUGAAAGGAUUUAUAUAAUUGCCUAUAUAUAUCACAAGGAGGUGGCAAAGCACUACUUUUGUCCAACUGACGCUCUAAACUCACAAUUUCCUUGGCGCCAAGGUCCCACAAGAUGGCGGCAAAGCAAUUUUUUUUUUUGCUUUUGCCUGUGCACAUAAACAGCGUGAGUUUUUCAGCGACUAACAUUGCCCCCCACCCAAAAAAAAAAUUCGUUCGAAUUAACCAAUGCUAGACCACGAUUAUGUGGGGUUUCACUGUACAAUCCUUUGGAUGUAAACUGUGGUCGAAAGCCACCCACUUAUAGACCAACGAAAGGGUGCGACCACAAAGCCUCGGCUCAAUUAUUAACGCUUGGCCUGAGGUGGUACCUCCAGAGCCACGCGCUACUAGACCAAUCCUCUAAAGAUGGAGGUCUAAAGACCAACUACUAGAGUCAACCAAAGUUAGAAUAUCUGCACAGUGGCCAACUAAAAAACUGGCAUUUAUAAAGAUUUAAAAAAGUCAAGUUUUUCAAAAAUCAUUGUUGCUGGGAAAAGUUACUGGCAUAACUCGUGGAGUUGUUUGGUAGCACUGCCCGCUGACACUGCACGACUACUCUCCCGUUUGAAUCCCGUCAAGCCACAUAGAAAACCAAAGAGAACCCCUCCCUUUUCUGCCUCCCUUAUCUGACGUAGAUCAAUCUGUAGCGCCCCCUGAAAAACCCCUUGUAAGUAAAUCCAUGAAUUAUUUGCGGUUAAAGCAUAGCGGGCCUUUGAUCUUUGCCCUUUUUUCAAUCGGUGCCCCAAGUGAACGCACUCGACAAUUCACGUUCUGUUAGUGGCGUCCUUGUUCUAGUGAAAACUGUGGAAAGAUUCACUGACAGGCUCUCUUCUCUGAGGAGAGGACCUGUCCGCACAUGAUCCGGACCGACAUCCUCUAUGGAAUAUGUUCACUUAACCUCAGUGUUUGUUUACCUUCAACACCUCAACUCAAUUUGUAGCUACUGUUCACAUUCAUAUACCUCAAACUUGUCUCGUUUCUACUUGAAUACCUCAUUUUUACUUUUUUUUUUUUUUUGGUGUUUUCAUUUGUUAGCUUACCUCAUCAGAUGUGGAUACAUCACUAAUUGAACACAUUCUUUGGCUAGUUUGCUGCAUGUCCCAUAGCUGUAGGACCAAAGAUUGUGGCACUGUUGAAAAUUUGUGUUGUGGUCUUGUCUCCAUCUCGAAACCUCGAGCAGCUUUUCAUUUGGUUGAAUUUGCUGUACAAUUAAUUGCCUUUUUUGUUGUUGUUGUUUUUUUUUUUUAAAGUGAUACAGCGAAAUAAAAAAAUCACCAACCAAAUAAUUCCGUCGCGAGGAUAGUGCCAAAAUGAUCUCGUAGAGUUCUGUGCCAAGGACCACGCUGUUGUUGUUGACAAAACGUCACUGGACCACGAUAUUACAGAUAAAAAUGUUGAGGUGGCCCCUGUGGCUGUCCGAUGGGAUGCACUUAACUGGGGCUGGGCCCUGAUUCUCUUUUACCUCACGACGAUGACGAUGAACUCGCAGAUUCCGCUCGUACUUUAGUUACCGUGCGCAAGGGAGGGGUGAGGGAAGGGGCGUUAUAACCUUCACCUGUCGCACAACAAUUACAGUUACCUCAACUUUCAGCACAACUUACCAAUACGUAUGCGCACAUCAGGACUGCGUUGCCGACACUUGCUAACAUCGUGAAACGUUUCUUAAUUAGCACAUAGAGAAACCGUACCAACGCUCGGCUUGUUUUUGCGUUUUCAGUAUUACUAUGUUCAUCCAAGUCAGCAUCGUUUUUUUUUUGUUUGGUAACAAAGAUUGCAAAGUCCUAUCUUUAAGAUCCUUAGGUCUUCACUCUUUAAGAGGAAAAAUGUAUUUUAAAACAUUUUUAUUUCGUUUUUUGUUUCGUUUGCAUGCUUUAAAAAAAUCCUUAUCAUACUGAAGUCUGUUUUCGGACGGGUGUUGGAAAACCGGAUGGGUAGCUAAAAUUUGGGAGGGGAAAUGGAUAGUAUCAGGAAAUAUGCACCCAAAGAUGAGUAUUUGCGCGUUGCGUGCGCGACAAUAGGAUUUGACCUUUGCGAUUGUAUUUGUUGUUCUCUCGAGAGCACAACCUGUUCAAUCAGCCAUGCCUCAAUUCCUAACUAACAUUGGAGGCAGAAAGCAUCUCGAGGCCUCUCUGAGGCUUCUUCUGCGUGCCUCCCGGCUCAGGCGCUUUACUUACGAAAGUUCCUAAAGCUUCCCACUUUGCAGUGAUUGAUUCGACCACACCGAGGCGCCUUUCAGAGCCCUCUGUCACACGUCAUCCAGCAGUCAGCUUCCUCUUUUUGACAAUCCAGGAAGUAAGAUGAUGGCUGUCAUUCAUGUGACUGGUUGACCUACAUUCUUUUGUGUGUGUUUGCGUGUGUACGUGUGUCCACCCGUCUGAUUUCUGGCCUCUCGUGGCUUUUAAGAGCAAGGAAAAAAAAGUAAAGCUGCACCGGGUGAUGUGUGCGAGCUUGUAGACCUCCUUUUUAAUGAUUGUAUAUUUGAAUUUAAAGACAAAAAAUAUGGUUGGUGAAAAAUUAGAAAGGAAAUAAACUAUCUCAGGUAGUUCUCAGCAGCUCUGUCCUGCUGGUGUCUCAUUGAAAUGUGUCCCAUAGAAAUAAAGUAGACCACCCCAGCCCUUUACAGAUCCCCUUUUCCCACGUUUUGAACCUUAGUGCUAGUCUGAUUCGUUUGUGUGUCUGUUGAAAUAUUCUUAAAACAAAUCUCAAUCUGAAAAUUUACUUUUGAUUGACUUCCUCUGAUUAAUCUCUGCGUUUCUUUUACAUAAAAAGUACAUAUACGACACACCGCCUGAUAUUCAUUGGCCCUUUUGGAAUGUAUUUUGUGAAGAAAAGGGUCCAAUGGCAUCCGGUUGAUGCCAGCCCUCUGCAACCCGCUGCUGGAUACCUCCUGCCCCUUCGCACAAUUCCACGUUCUCCACCGCCAUGCACCCACAUCAGCAAUAGCAACGGGUGGCGUAAACCAGCUUCAAAAUCUGUCCUGAUGGGAGGGUGGUACGCUUCAUUCAGCCUAAGGGGUUGCUCCAGCAGUGAGGUGGGAGUGGCUGUUGUUUGUGCAUCUGUUGUCAAAGCAGGCGUCCACUGAAUGUAACCCCUCACAGUCCAGGAGGCAGCGCGAGUGGAUGUGGUUUGCUGAGUUUAGAUGAGUGCUGCUGGCGCUUCCUCAUCACGGCCUUGGUGUGUGUGUUUGUGUGUAAGUUUGUGAGUGUUUGCCUGUCUUGAACACACACUUUGCGCUAGGUGGAAGUGCAGAUGUCAGGUCUUCAGUCUAAAUAAGGCAAAGGAGACUAUAAUAUUUUUGGCCACUUGCUGCUCGCGCUGCACUCUUCGGACUUUAAACAUUUCCUAUGCAGUUUUUUUGUUGUUGGUUUUUUUGUUUACACUUAAAUAAAGUUGUACUUCUUUGACUUCAACGUUUGUGACUUGUUAUUUCACGUUAGUUCUUGGUUGACUUCUGGGUGACCACCCUUCUGGUGGCCGAAAAGUGUCAUUGCAUGUACCGUAUUGGCCCGAAUAUAAGGCGGUGUUUUUUGCAUUGAAAAAACUCUUAAAAAGAGGGGGUCGUCUUUUA